AUGGCUUCGCCGAAGAAGGGAAAGGAGAAAAACAAUGGAAAACCGCCGGCAAAGAAGGAAGGACUGGGGUGGAUUGAAUGGCUGAUGGGGUGGUUAAAUCUGGCGUACGAGAUGCUGUUCCAGAGGAUUAUCGCCAGCAAUUUGCCCAACCCGAUGCCUCUUCCCCCCAUUAAUGACCUCACUUUCGUUGUCACCGGCUCCACCUCUGGGAUCGGCAAAGAAAUUGCCAGGCAAUUGGCUGAAGCAGGCGGGCAUGUUGUGAUGGCUGUUAGAAACCCAAACGCAGCUAAUGACUUGAUUAAAAAGUGGCAGGAAGAUUGGUCUGGGAGGGGUCUUCCUCUUAAUAUCGAGAUCUUUUCGUCCUCUGAAAUGGGGCCACUUUCUGGACUAUCACGGGCCAUGGUAAUAUCAGAUUUGGACGAGCGGGUUAAGACACUGACUAGGAAGAAAACUCAUAAGGAAAACAGCCCCGACAGCUUUGCGGGCAGAGCCGACUCUUACUACCAUGAGCACCCUCAGCUUCUUGAACUACUUAAUGACCUCUACAACAGUUACCUCUCUUUAGCUUACCGUUAUUGCCAAACGCUAGCCACGAAGCAACACCGCCACAGCCGAUGCUUGUCCCCACUCCCAAAUUUGAAAUUCGACCAAAAUAUUCAACUUGAUGAAGAAGACCCUGGAGAAGUCAUAGACUCUCCAUAUGCUGAGAGUUCACUAUCUUUCCAGUCCCCAGUGGCUGUUGUACCUCGAGCAAAUGAAAAAAUGGAUAUUGAUAUGAUCUUUGCUGACCUAGUUAUGAAGAUGGUCGAGUACGAUAUAGUUCUGAACGAGCUCAAUGUGGUGGAGAAGAGAGUGACAGUGCUGGAGGAAGAGAACAAGGGGCUGGCAUCCGAGUUGUUGUUCUUGAAGAGAAAGGCUGCUGAGCUGGCGAGGUGCGUUCUGAAGGCAAGGGAGGAUCACAGGGUCUGCAUGCUGAGUCGAAAGAUAGAGGAUCUUCAGGGGCAGAUUUACGGUUUGGAAAAGAGAAACAAGGAGUAUUACGAGCAGCUCGUGAUGAAAUGGCAAGGGGAGGAUUUAUCUUUGUCUUUGUCUUUGUCUUCUAAGGGGAAGAAGAAGGGUGGUGAGGAGGUUGAGUUGGAGGACUGCUUUCGUGCGGGUGCUGGUGGUCUUGGUAAGUGCUUUAGCUUUCAGCGAAAAGACAAUGGUGAUCAGGACAAAAAUGGCAGAAUGAGGCCUUUACCAGCCCUCCUCCCCGGCGAGUCACUCCUCUGCGUGCAGCAAACCAACGGCCUCGAGCACCUCCGCAAGCCGUUGUCCUCAGGCCCGACCUCCGGUGAGUUCACCACCACUUCCGGCGACCACCCCCAGCAAGGACGUCAUUUUCGGCGAGUUGCUGCCGGCGUGAAGCAAGCCCACGGCCACCCUCGUUUCCUUUCCGUUAUUCCGAGUUCCGUUCGCGAGCCGAUUCCCGACCCGUUCGGCCGACCCGCCGUUCGGCCCAUUACUCUUCCGUUAGCUUGUAGAUAUUCGAAAGCGGGAUGCCUCGUCGAGAUUAGACAACCGAGAGGUCCCAAAUGUGCGGGAUCCUUCGAAUUUCUGGGGCAGUUGACAAGUGGACCAGAAGAGGCAUGGUGGAAUCCAAUCAUUGGAGUGAGAGGAUUGGAACUUAGUGCUUCAGAUGUGUUGUCAUUUGAAGCCAAGAGUUUUGAUGACCGAUUAAGCAUUGCUAACGUGAUUCUCGAGGAUGGCAAAAUCUCGAGGAAAGGAUGA